AUGAAGGCAUCGCUGCUCCUCAGCCUUGGAGCUCUAGCGCUCCCAGGAGUUAUGGCAUCUCCCCUACACGAGGUCGAACCGAGAGAAGGCUCCCAUUCAUUCAUGGGCACCAACUUGUACUUCCUCCCAGGCUUGUCUGAUCAAGACCAAGAUCAAUAUAUAAACGACCUUUCCAACUAUGGCAUCAAAGUAGUCCGCGUGUGGGUAAACCAACAAGCUGCAGGUCACUGUGAAAAAGGCAGUAACCUCGCGGUAAAUGUAGGCCCACUGGAGUCCGACUUGGGCAAGUUCGAUGACAAAACGCUGGAUGCCGUUGACAAAGUCGUCAAUAAGCUGGCCAAGAAGGGUAUCAAGUCUAUUAUUUCGCCCCACGAUGCGAACUCGCUUCUCGAUGACUAUCGAAAGGACGUAUACACCAAGUUCGGCAAGUCCGGAUUCUACUCUUCGGACGACGCCAUCAAAGCCUACGACAAUCGAAUCGACCACAUUCUCAACUACAAGGGAGCCCACUCCGGCAAGAACGAGCCCAUGUCGCCAGACAUUUCAGUCUGCCAGAACAACGACCAGAAGAACUGGCUCUGCGGGCGCGCCAAGAAGUUCCGCAACGUCCUGGGCGCCGACAACAAGAUCCAAAUCGCGACUGGAGGUAUCGGCGGUGACAUUUCGCAUGACUGCACCUUCGCCAAGGCUGCUACGCAGUGCCCCGAGAUCGACCUAAUCGCCAUCCAUCGGUAUGCGGGUAGCCAGUCCAACAACCCCGGUCAAUGGUCCAACGGCGCCAAAAACUGGGUUCAGCAGGCCGGCGGCAAGCUCAUCUUCGUCGAGGAAUGGGGAGUUAACACCGCCGCCAACAGCGCUAAGAGCGAGCUGCCUGCCCAAGCCAACGACAUCAACAAAGUUGGUCUACCAAACUUGUAUUGGCAAUUUCUCCCUAAGAAGACCUGCUCCUACGACCCUAGACAGGAUUCUGGCGACCACUUUGGUAUCUUCGUCGAGGGCGACGUGGAUAUUGCUUCGGUCGUGAAGGGCGCGUCUGAUGCCAACGCUCUACAGGAUUGGUCGAAGGUCAUUGAAUGA